AUGGUGGAUGAUGACGCCCCCUUGACCGAGCUCAAAACCAUGCAGUUUGACGAUGACAUGCCUCUGGCUUCCUUGGCCACCAGCACGCCGCAGAAGCCGUCUAAGGCGGCCACAGCGAAAGGCAAAGGCAAAGGUGGUGCGAAGGGCAAGGCGAAGGUGAAAGCCGCGGCGAAAAGGUCCGCCAAGGAGAGUUCCAGUAGCAGCAGCUCGAGCUCCGGCAGCGACAGUGACAGCUCCGACGGCGGAGAAGGUGAGGAGAAAUCCAAGAAGGUGAAAGCCAACGACCAGGCGAAGAGGAUGCAGCUUCUCAAGAAGAAGCGCAAGGAGGCGCUGGGGGACGCUGCAGAAGACGAGGACGCGAAUGAAGAUCAAGAAGAUGCCGCGAACAACGUGGUCAAGAAGCGGGACCGAACGACCAAGCAGCAGGCCGUGUCCGACCUUCUUUGCAGAUGGUGGUACGUGCUGCCAGAUUGGCCUCCAAACGACAAGGACUUCUAUGCCCCGAGGCUGGAGGAGAGGAAGCUUCGACAGGUGACAAUCCAAGAGUGGGAGUGGGUCGACGACAAGGACUCGAAAGGCUUUGCAAAGGUCUACCAGCUGUCACAGUUCCCUGGCGUCUUCCGCGACUCUCACGGUCAGAUGAUCGACCUAAGACCACAGGAAGACUGCCCAUGCUACGCGAACUUCAUGAAGAAGGAUGUGCUGUAUUGCUGCGUGAUUUCCUAG